AUGACAGAAGAGAAAGUAAUUCCUGUAGUUUCAACUUUAUCAUCUCCAUUUGAAGUAGAUGCAAGUUCUUUGAUAAAAAAACCAAUUUGUUUAUGGCAAGGUACUUAUCAUUCUCCUGUAACAAAGGCUUUGUGGGAAGCAAGGUCUAGUAUCAAUCCAGCAUAUGCAAAUAAUGCACCAGCACAAAGAGAAUUGCUUACUAAAACUCCUUCAGAGAGUCGAACAAGUAUUGUUUAUAACUUCUCUAUGGAUUUUAUACUUAGAGAAGAGUAUAGAGAUCCUUGGAAUGGUGUUAGGAUCGGUAAAUUGCUUGAAGAUCUUGAUGCCCUUGCAGGUACUAUCGCUGUCAAGCACUGCUCUGACAAAUGUAUCCUGACAAGACCUCUCUUGCUGGUCACUGCUUCUGUUGACAAGAUGGUCUUAAGGAAGCCUCUUCAUGUUGAUGUUGAUUUGAGCAUGUCCGGGGCUGUCACAUGGGUUGGGCGUUCGUCCAUCGAUAUUCAGCUGGAAGUGAGUCAGAAUCCACCAGACCGUUCUCAUGCUUCAGAUGCCGUAGCUUUUACUGCAAACUUCACAUUUGUAGCUCGUGACUCCAAGACGGGAAUGUCUGCUGCUGUGUACCAGAUCUCACCUGAAUCUGAACAAGAAAAGAUGCUUUGGGAGGAAGCUGAAGCCAAAGAUAAAGCAAGGAAGAUGAAGAGAGGAGAGAAAAAAAGAGAGAUUGAAAACAUGGAGGGCGAGAGGCUUAAAGCUUUGUUGGCUGAAGGAAGGAUCUUGUGUGACAUGCCAGCAUUAGCAACCAGAGACAGCAUUCUUCUAAGGGAUACAUGUCAUGGCCGCAUCUUUGGAGGAUUUUUAAUGCACAAGGCAUUUGAGUUGGCUUAUUCGACAGCUUAUGCCUUUGCAGGCCUGGUCCCAAGUUUCCUCGAAGUUGAGCAUGUGGAUUUCUUACGACCUGUGGAUGUUGGAGACUUCUUACGUUUCAAAUCAUGCGUUUUAUACACCGAACUCGACAACCCUCUGCAGCCUCUCAUCAACAUUGAAGUUGUAGCUCAUGUUACAAAGCCCGAACUCAGGACUAGUGAGGUCUCAAACUCAUUCCAUUUCACAUUCAGUGUUCGUAAUUUGCAUACAAUAGAAAACGGAUUCAGUAUUCGAAGUGUUGUCCCUGCAACAGAGGAGGAAGCACGGCGAAUCCUUAAACACAUAGAUGCUGAUAAAUAA